CAGGGUUCUGUCGUUCUCCUCCACUGAUGAUACCCGGAGGCCGAGUGUUCGUCCUCCCGUGUGUCCAGCAGUUACAGAGUGCCAGGAUGGCUGAUGGACACAGAUUGAAAACAGUGGCCAGCUUCUUCCUCCUCCUCACUAAAUAAAAAUGAUAAGUAACAUCUAUAUUAUGUCUAAUAAUGCCAUUUGUGCUGCACUUAAACCAUUGCUUACCUGUUAGUCAACAACUAUCUCACAGGAGCAGUUUGCUUUCUGCACGUCUCUCCUCCUACUUUUCAUUUCAUCAUAUGGCAACAGACUUAGUGAGUCUUGUACCUGGCCUCGAUCCUGUACCUGUAAAAGCAUGCACUCAGUACUUUAUACUUUACUUUCUACUCAAUAAGUACAAAGCAGAAACUACUACACUUAAAUGUGUGCCAUUAGAGCAGUGGAUAAUCAAUCAGUAAUCAUAUUUUCCUUUAUAUGUCUCUCCCUGCCUCCCUCCAGGAUCUCUCUGAACACUCUGACUCUGAAUGUGAAGAGCGAUAAAGUCUAUACCCGCCACGGGGUGCCCAUCUCUGUCACCGGGAUAGCUCAGAUGAAGAUCCAGGGUCAGAACAAACAGAUGCUGGCUGCAGCCUGCCAGAUGUUCAUGGGGAAGUCAGAGGCUGAGAUUGCUCAAAUCGCCUUGGAGACGCUGGAGGGACACCAGCGGGCCAUCAUCGCCCACCUGACUGUUGAGGAGAUCUACAAGGACCGAAAGAAGUUCUCGGAGCAGGUUUUUAAGGUGGCGUCCUCUGACCUGGUCAACAUGGGCAUCAGCGUGGUCAGCUACACGCUCAAAGAUGUUCACGACGACCAGGAUUAUCUGCAUUCACUGGGAAAGGCUCGAACUGCCCAGGUUCAGAAAGACGCUCGCAUUGGAGAGGCCAAGAACAAGAGAGAUGCUGUGAUCAGGGAGGCUCAUGCGAUGCAGGAGAAAGUCUCGGCUCAGUACAAGAAUGAGAUCGACAUGGCAAAGGCCCAGAGGGACUAUGAGCUGAAGAAGGCUGCCUACGACAUCGAGGUCAACACAAAGAAGGCUGAGUCAGAGAUGGCCUACCAGCUGCAGGUAGCCAAGACGAAGCAGCUCAUCGAGGAGGAGAAGAUGCAGGUCCAGGUGGUGGAGCGGACGCAGCAAAUCAUGCUGCAGGAGCAGGAGAUCAGCCGCAGGGAGAAGGAGCUGGAGGCCAAGGUGAAGAAACCUGCAGAGGCCGAGAGGUACCGCCUGGAGAAACUGGCCGAGGCUCAGCGUCUUAAGUUGAUCAUGGAGGCGGAGGCCGAAGCCGAGUCCAUCAGGAUGAAAGGUGAAGCCGAGGCGUUUGCAGUGGAGGCCAAGGGUCGCGCGGAGGCGGAGCAGAUGGCGAAGAAGGCAGAGGCCUUCCAGCAGUACAAGGACGGAGCCAUGGUGGACAUGCUGCUGCAGCAACUACCUCUGAUGGCAGAAGAGAUUAGCAGGCCUCUGUGUGCAGCCAACAAGGUUACCAUGGUAUCCAGUGGAGGCGGGGAGGUGGGCGCCGCCAAACUGUCAGGAGAGGUGCUGGACAUCAUGGUCCGCCUCCCUGAGGCUGUGGAGAAACUGACUGGAGUCAACAUCUCCCAGGUGACCUCUCGUACAGGCUGAAGAGAAUCAACCAGUCUGAUGACCGGACAGGUCCAAUCCCCCCUCCCCGCUCCCCUAGCCUUAUCAGCUGCCUGGACUCUUUGCAUGAGUCUGCUAACACUAACAGCCUCUCUCUCUUCUACUCCCAUUUCUGUCUCACAGCAUCCGGUCAGCUGUUUCCCC